CCCAUUUCUUUCCCUUUUUUGUUGCUUGUUCGCUUCGCGUUUGGGGGUCAGUGCGUAAGGCGGGAGGGACCUGGCCAAAAGCGACGCCUGAGCAACUCAGCGGGAGCCUAGGGACAGGCCUGGGCAGCAGCCUCCACAUUAGGAUGUCCCGACAUGAAGGUGUCAGCUGUGAUGCAUGUUUAAAAGGAAAUUUUCGAGGUCGCAGAUACAAGUGUUUAAUUUGCUACGAUUACGAUUUGUGUGCAAGUUGUUAUGAGAGUGGUGCAACAACAACGAGGCAUACAACUGACCAUCCAAUGCAGUGCAUACUAACAAGAGUAGAUUUUGAUUUGUAUUAUGGUGGAGAAGCUUUCUCUGUAGAGCAGCCACAGUCCUUUACUUGUCCUUAUUGUGGAAAGAUGGGUUAUACAGAAACAUCUCUUCAGGAACAUGUUGCUUCUGAACACGCAGAAACAUCAACAGAGGUGGUUGAAUGAUCCUAAGAUGUCAGAAGCAGAGCGUCAAUCAAAAGAAAGCGAACAGGCAGAUCGCAGCUUGUUUGUUCAAGAGCUUUUACUGUCCACUUUGAUGCAGGAAGAAAGUUCCUCCUCAGAUGAGGAUGAACG